GAUUGACUCCCGAGGGAGUAACCUUAUUUGAAAAUUAUGUGAACAAUACUGCAGACAUUCAAACUGCGAGCUUGGCCUUCAGUUUUUGUGUACCACGUCGUUUUUCCGAUCAGCGAGUUGCCGAUUGGAUUGAGAGCUACAGAAUAUUGUUAGAUAAAUGGAAAAUGUUCUAUUGUCGUGCCAAGUUUGACAUUGCUCGUGGUAAAAAGAUGAACGUUGCACAAGCCACACCAGCACCACAAGUGUACGUUAGAUGUACUAAGUGUAAUCAAAGUAUUGCGCGUAGUCUUUUCAUACCCGGAACGAAAGGAAAGACUGUGUUGCCAACCUUCUCUGCGAAUCCUGGAACACUUUUUAAAUCCAAGGCGACAUCAUGUCCGGUAUGUCAAAAGAGUUUGCCACGUUGUUCUAUAUGUUUACUUAGUCUUGGAACGACCAAUGACGCCCUUCGAGAUGCAAUCGCCGCAAAUAAACGCCCUAGAAUCAAUAAUGACAGUAGUCCAUUCGGAUUUGAUCUAUGGUUUACGUGGUGCCAAACAUGUCGGCAUG